GAGCAAAAGAGGAUGCUUCUGGCAAAAGGUGGCCUACUUGAGGAUUGGGAGCGACUCGUCACCAGGGGUCUGACGUCCGAAGACUUGAGCUGGAAGGAUGGCCGUAGCUUUGGCGCCGCUAUCCUAGAGGUGGCCCGAGAAUGCAUGACACGAGGGGGCCUUUUGGAGUAUGAAUGUUAUGACAACCAGAGAAAGCCACAAGGACGAGCUCUUGUCGUCUUAGAGGAUUGGGAGAAUUUCCCGGAAGGGCUUUUGCUAGCCAACCAUCUGGUGGCUUCUGAUGACUACUACCAGUGGUACGCGACGAGAGAGCUCCAGGCGGGAAAGUGUGUCUAUCACAUUUGUCAGGAGAAGUUCAGUGACUGCAAGAGUCGACUGGCCCGAGGAGACCGGAGGGAGUUGAUUCAUGUCCAGCGUUGGAGACUGGUCAAUCCCUUGUUGAUGUUGGAAAAUGAUUACAUGAGAAACUUUGGAGUUCAACUCGUGAGGGAGGCAGUCAACAAGUUUGUCCCAGCAGAAAGGGUCCCAGAGCCAGGGGGACCACCUCCACCCCCUGCUGGCCCUCGUGGCUUGGGGGGUGGUCAGAGGCCAGACCCUACUGGUCUUGAUCGAGUUGCCCGUGAAGCCGCCCAUGAAGAGCCGCGAGAAGGAGAAGGAGAAGGAGGAGACGGUCUGGGAGGUGACAAGAAGGCUGGUCCCCAGGGGGCUCCUCGUGGGUCCGUGGAGGCAUUGCUGGAAAGGAAAGCGGCAGAGAGGAGAGAACUGCAUCGGGCAAAGGAGCUGGAAAGGAAGGGCCAGCGAAAAUGGCGCUCGAGAAGUCGCGGUCGAGGACGCAGGAGGCAGAGGGAUAAGAAGUCCAGUGAGUACUCAAAGAGCCGGAGUCAAGGUUCAGGCUCUUCUCAGUCGUCUGAAGGUUUUCGAAUGCCCUCUGCCCGGGGGGAGGAAGAACUAUGGCGGCUGAGUCGAAAGCACCCCGGGAGGCUCCUGAAAAGAGCCAUGAAAGAGCUCCAAAGGUACCUCGGAGAAGUAGCAGGAGCAGACAACGGGCCCGAAGACUGGACAAAGUACCGCAUGUUGGGGUACAUCAACCAGAUUGUGCUGACACAGCACCCCGCCAGCACGAUAGGGUUGCGCAACUAUCGGGAGCUGGUGACUCUGGGGUCCGGCAUAGACCUGCUGAUCCAAGGGCGGCUGGGGGAGCUGGGGGACCUUAUGGUCCAGCGCCUCAAAGCCCUGGAGACAUCUCUCGGAGAGGGAGGAUGGCAGACUGCACGCCAUCAAGAGCUGAUACCGGCGCAAUCAGCGAGUCUCACCUCGGAGGGGGAGCGACGGAAGGCAGCACGCCUGGAGUUGGCCAACUCAAAACUGAAGCAGCUCACCCAGAAGAACCGGGGAGAAGAGGAGUCCGGAGCCACAGCGGCGAGUGACGAUCAGCGAUCAAGUGAAAGAGAUCCCUCAGGAGGAAACCCGAGUGGACCCUCCAGACCCGCGAGAAGGAGGUCUGAAGUUGCCUCCGGGGACAGGGCCGAAGAAGGGUCAAGGAAAAGCAGGAGGAUGGAAAGGAAGAAGAGGACACCCGGAGACUCGGAAAGGAGACGGAAGAAAGGGGGCGAUACGGAGCCCAACGCCGAAGAGGAGGCCUAUGAGCAGGAGUCCCUCGAGACGGUCGAAGUAGAAGCCUCGAGUCAGGAGAUGGUUGAAACGCUUAAGGGUUGGCUGCGGUCAGAGGAAUGUGGAGGCUUAAGUGUGGCACAGAAUGGGGCCUUGGUUGCCUUAGCCAUCCACCGCAGUGGGACCCCCUUGGGCAAAUACCUUGAGCGUCUGGUGGAACCAGGGUCAGACGUCGGCAAAAGGGAGCUUCGCCAGAGGGGCGUACUACCCCUGCCGCUGUUGCCAGACACAGUCAAGGAGCUCAAAGGCCUUUUCGAGUCAGGGGAGUUCCGAAGGUUGGCAGGAUCAUGGGCAGCCAAGAAGCAGAACAAGGAAAAGGCGGGGAAGGAGAUGCGCCGUAUUGGCCUAUUGUUGUGGCAUGGCCUGGCAGUUUGCUUGGUGAAUUUCCUUUGGUGUGGAGGUGGAAGAAAAGGACCCGUGCACCAAGGGACCGUGACCAAGGCUCAACAGAUGGCGUUGGAUAGGCUGUGGUCAACGGUUAAAAAUUUUGUGGAUGACACCUCGGAGACAAAGGAAAAGAUUCCCCGGUCCCCUGACAUGGGGGAAUGGGGGAAAAAGCUAGGGGAUGUCCGUAUCUCCUAUCAAGGCGAAGUUGUGGAGAAGGCGCAGAGGCUGACACUGGACCAGAUCAUGCCUGGGCUCCCCCCGCCGGGGUACGGAGCUAGUGUACCUCUGGUUGAGUUGUGCGAUGGAGAACUGCGGGAGAAGUUGGAGAACCCCCUUGGGAACAUAUUGCCGGAGGAGGAGAUGCCAGAUGACUUGCCGCGGCCAAAAGUUCAUGCCAGCGCUGAACAAUGGGAAAUGAUUGUGAAGGGACAAUUUUUGGUGAAUGGCUCAUUUGGAGUGGUCAAGCCCGGCAAGUACUUGGAUGAUGAGCGACCAGUUUUGAGGCUGAUCAUGGACUUCAGGGGCACCAAUGCCGCGACCAAGAUCCUCACUGGGGAUGUCAAGACGCUGAGCGGCGCUCCCUCCUUGCAGCAUGUGGUCUUGCCACAAGGGAGGGUGCUGCGCAUUUCAGCAGAUGAUUUGGUGUCAGCAUUCUACCCAUUUGCCUUGCCAAAUGGAUGGAGUCGGAUGAUGUGUUUUUCGGCACCGGUCGACUGGCGAGUGCUGGGCAUUGACAAGCCUGGAAAGGUUCAUGUUGGGGCCACUGUCCUGCCGAUGGGCUGGGCAUCAGCGGUAGGUGUGCUCCAACACGCACAUCGCCGACUCGCAUUGAGAAAUCCUCUGAGAGGGGGAGCCGGAUUGCUGGGCAGCUGCGAAAUUCGUCGGGACAGUCAAUUCCCCGACUUGGAAGUGGAGGAGAAGCUAUGGAGCCUAUAUCUCGAUGACACAAGCUUGAUUGAAGUGAUGGAAAAGCGAGUUGCUGAUGAUCUUGAAGGGAAGGCCUCAGAGGAGCAGGAAAGGCUUAGACGGGCGUACCAGCAUUGGGGGAUCCCUGUCUGCCCGGACAAGUCGUUGGUGCGUGUGGAGAAAGGAGAAAAACUGGGAGCCGUGCUGGACGGCGAAAAGGGGCUGUUGAAAGGGGCCACACGGAGGGCUCUGGAGAGCAUCUCUUUGGGUAUGUGGAUCCUGCGUCAGGAGAAGGCCCCUCGGAAGAGCCUCCAAGUUUUCCUGGGAAAGGAGGUCCACACGAUGCAGUUUCGCAGGCCGCUGUUCGGAAUCUUUGACUACUUGUGGAAGGAGAUCAGCGAUGGUCAGGUGAUGAUUGACCUGUCCGUCAAGGGUGUUGAAGAAAUUCUGAUGGCAGCCAUGAGCCAGCCGCUCCGAGUCACGGACUUGAGGUCCAGGAUUCAUGAUGUGGUGACAGCAGCUGAUGCCAGUGAAAGCGGUGGUGGCAUUGUCUAUGGGGGCCGGCUGACAGGUCAAGGAUUGCGUGAAGUCUAUUGCAUUGAAGAAGGGGUUGAUGAGUGCCCGGAUGAGACGAGCUGUCUGGAUGAGCCGCAGGUGAUUCUUGUGUUCGAUUUCUUUGCCGGUCUAGGUGGUUUGUCACGGGCGUUGGAAUUGGCAGAGGUGAAAAUUGAUCGCCUAGUGGUGGUGGAAAAGGAUCCAGCUUGCAGAAGGUUGAACUCAGUGCGGUGGCCAGGAUGUGAUAUCUGGUUGGAUAUCGAAAAGGUGACCAAGAAGGAGGUUGAAAGAAUGAUGAGGAGUGUCCCGGGGCUGACUGGGGUGGUAGCUGGAGGAGGAUCUCCUUGCCAAGGAUUGUCACGUUUAUCAGCAAACAGAGAACACCUUGCUGAUCCCCGGUCCCAGCUGUUUUACAAGUAUACUGAAAUCUUGGGCUGGAUCGAGGAAAUGGCGGAAGAGAUGCGAGUUUGGUGCCUUCUGAUGUUAGAGAAUGUGGUUGGUGACGAUGAGGACAUCGAGGAGAUGACAGGCACCCUGGGCUCAAAGCCGCUCCUCGUCUGCUCGAGUGGGCUAUCGCGGGUGAGAAGGCCGCGACUGUAUUGGUCAAAUGUGGCGCUGGAAGAUCAUGGGAGCUUCACUCGAGAGCACUUUGGCCUGUAUGAUGCAGUGGUUUUUGAGGAGCACUCGGAACCCAUUGGUAAGGUGGCCGAUGAGGGAUGGAAGUGGACUGCAGGUGAGGAGGAUGACCAGCUCAAGCUGCCCACUUUCACAAGGGCGAUCCCAAGGAGGAAACCCCCAGUAGAGCCCGCGGGCUUGAAAAGUUGUGAUGAGGCCACGGUCAGGCUCUGGCAGGGGGACAGGAUGAAGUUUCCUCCCUACACCUACCUGCCCCAAUACCUUUUUGAAAAGCAGGAUGGGUCAGGAAGCAAGCGCGUGGCUAGCGUGGGAGAACGAGAAAGGUUGAUGGGAUUUCCCACGGGCUACACCCUGGCGCUUCACAAAAAGGAGCCCCAAAGUGAGCAGGAGAAAAUUGACCAGACGGUGGAGCGGGAGGCCGCGCUGGGCAAUAGCUUUCACACAGUGACAGUGGCCUGCCUGCUGGAUCUUUGGCUCUGGUCCAUGCAGGUUCGCACAGACCCAAUGGGGGCAAAGGCCAUAGUGGAGAAAUUGCAUGAGGCGAUGGACAAGCAACAUUUUGAUGACUUUGGGUUGAUAGAUGUUGAAGGAGUGAAGGCCUCAGAGGAGUUCAAGGAGCUGGUGGAGGAAGAAAAGGUGAUGUGCUUGGACAAGAACAGCCAGAGGGCCGAAUGGCUCAGGCUGUGCAGCCAUCCGGGAAAGGAUGGAGACCCAAGCCUUUUGGGGGUCCGGCUGGUCCAUCAGUACUUGAGGCGAGCCGAGUUCCGAGGCUCAGAUGUCAGGUUGGACCUGAAUGUGGCCUAUCGGCCUGAUGCCAUGGUCCGCAGCACGAUUGAUCCCCGGAGGUGGGUCUGGAAAGUAGCGCAAGCGUGGAAAUGGCAGCGGAGAGAGCACAUCAACCUGUUGGAGCUUCGGUGCAUUCUACGGACACUGGAGUGGAGAGCUCGGAGCUCAACCUUUCACUCCUGCAGGUUCCUUCACCCGUCUGACUCGCAGAUUUGCUUGUCCGUGCUAGCCAAAGGACGGUCAUCAUCACGAAAAAUCAACCGGAUCCUCAGACGCAUCUGUGCUCUUUGCCUUGCCUUGAACCUUUACCCGCUUUGGGCUUGGAUCAUGUCCAAGCUAAAUCCUGCGGACGCCCCCAGCAGGAAAUAUGCCGAAGCAGAUUAA